GCUUCUUUCCAUUUUUUAGUGUGGAAAUUUUCUUAUUUUGCUUUUUGCAGGUGCUAAAUAAAUAAAACGUUUUAAAAGUAAAUGAACCAGUUAACGAUUUUUACCAAGAAGUCGCAUCAUCAACGAACAUGAACACCACUUUGAACCCUUGAACGCCAAAUACAAUACGAUCAGUACAACUCAACAUGAAGUGAAAUGUGUAGUUUUAGAGAAUACAGGAAGAAAUCAAUCCACCCCCUAUAGUCUGUAGCCAAUAGAAAUUACAGCGUUGCUGAUAGACAAGUACCGACACCCAAUGAAAUACCAGAAUGUUGUCACGUCCCAGAAGUCGGCUGUACACUUACCCAAGAUGUCAGAAAGCGAAGACUGCACUGCAGAGACCGGUCCAGAGGCAGCGCCAGCAGCGACAGAGGACUUGGCCGUUGCUGAAGAGAAGAAGAAAAUUGAUAUCCUCCUCAAGGCUGUAGGAGACACACCGAUUAUGAAAACUAAAAAAUGGUCCGUGGAGCGCAGCCGGACUAUCCAGGCUCUUGUGCAGUUUAUCAAGAAGUUCCUUAAACUGGAUUCAACUGAUCAGCUGUUUAUUUAUGUAAACCAGUCCUUUGCACCCUCACCCGACCAGGAAGUUGGAACCUUAUUUGAGUGUUUUGGCAGCGACGGAAAGCUGGUCCUUCACUACUGCAAAUCACAAGCUUGGGGCUGAUGUGAGGUGAAGAGAUUCGUUUCCUGUUAAUCACCACCCUUAAAGCUUCCUGCCCGCAUUAAGGAGAGAAUUUCUUUAGUUUUUUUGUUCAUGCCAUCCAUGGAGGAGAUGGAUUUUUCUUGUGUCACCGACAUCUGGUGCCAUUUGCUUCCCAACUUUUACGUGGGGCCUGUCCGUUCUGUUCAUCUCUAUUUGUGCACAUAUCUUUCAUUUAGAUUUUCUUAACUUUGAAUGCAUUUUUUUUUUUACUAUUAUGGGAAAUAAUGUGGCAGUAGCUGCUGGUGCCAUACAUUCUCACAACCUGGACGUGUGGAAUAAAUGCAAUCCAAAGCAGCUGGACUGUACUGUGCUGCAGGCUGCAGCAGAGGGUGCUGUUGCGCUCCUAGAAGACGCGCUCUGUGACACUUGGAUUCGUGGACUGCAAUGCCAGCAAACUCGAGUUAAAAGUGUUUAACGUUUUAAAUCUCGCGUCUCCAGGAUGUUUGUCUUUCUUUCUAAUUACCAGCUGUGUUUUAAUUUCAUUUAGUGUACGUUGGGACAUGCUGUCAUAAUGUGAGAUUGUGUGUGGUCUAACAAUGCAAAUAUACACUUUAAUGCCUAAAAAUGGAAUUUAAUCCUAUAAUAUAUAUAUAUAAUAUUGUACAGUCAAACUAAAAAGUAUGUGAACCCCUAGGAAUUAUCUAUCUUCUUCUUCUUCUUUCGGCCGCUCCCGUUAGGGGUUGCCACAGAGGAUCAUCAUCUUCCGUAUCAUCCUGUCUUCUCCAUCUUGUUCUGUCACACCCAUCACCUGCAUGUCCUCUCUCACCACAUCCAUAAACCUUCUCUUAGGCCUUCCUCUUUUCCUCUUACCUGGCAGCUCUGUCCUUCGCAUCCUUCUCCCAAUAUUUAAGCUUUUGACAAGAAGCAUAUCCAGAUGGGAAUCACGCCUCGCACAAAAGAGCUGUCUGAAGAGCUACAAUCGAGAAUUGUUCAUCUACAUAAGGCUGGAAAGGGUUACAAAGUCAUCUCAAAGAUCAGAGAUAUUCAUCAGUCUACUGUGAGGCAAGUUGUCUAUAAAUGGAGACAGUUUGGUACUGUGGCUACUCUGCCUAGAAGUGGGUGCCCUGCUAAGAUGACCCCAAGAGCACAAUGCAAAGUCAACAAUGAGGUAAAGAAGAGUUGACAGCAAAGGACUUAAAGAAGUCAUUAGAACUGGCUAACAUCUCUGUUCAUGAGUCAACACAUGUGAAUUUCCCCUUGAGAUUAAUAAAGUAUCUAUCUAUGCGCAAAAUAUUGAACAAGAAAGGAGUCCAUGGCAGGACACCCAGAAGGAAGCCACUGCUAUCAAAAAAGAACAUUGCUGAACACCUGAAGUUUGCAAAAGAGCACAUGGACACUCCAAAACGGUACUGGGAAAAUGUUUUGUGGAGUGAUGAAACCAAAAUUGAACUAUUUGGGAGGAACAAGCAGAACUUCAUUUGGUGUAAGAAGGGCACUGCAUAUCAACAUCAAAACAUCAUCCCUACAGUCAAGUAUCAGUGUGCUGCUGCUGCUGGAGUAGGUGAAUUUCCCCUUGGGAUUAAUGAAGUAUCUAUCUAUGCAAUGCAAAUCUUAACAUCUUUAACUCUGCCACCUCCAGCUCUGUCUCCUGCUUUCUUCUCAGUGCCACCAUCUCCAACCCAUAUAACAUAGCUGGUCUCACUACUUUCCUGUAGAUCUUCCCUUUCACUCUCGCUGAUACCCGUCUGUCACAAAUCACUCCUGACACUCUUCUGAAGCCACUCCGCCCUCCGUGUACUCUCUUCUUCACCUCUCUUCCAAAUACCCGUUUAUCUAAGUAUGGUGGAGGGAACAUCAUGAUUUGGGCCUGCUUUGCUGCAUCAGGGCCUGAACAGCUUGCCAUCAUUGAGGGGAUAAUAAAUUCACAAGUUUAUCAACAAAUUCUCCAGGAUAAUGUGAGGGUGUUUGUCCGUCAACUUAAUUAAGCUAAGAAGAGGCUGGAUGAUGCAACAGGACAAUGACCCCAAACACCACAGCAAAUCCACAGCACAAUGGCUUCAGAAGAACAAACUCGGCCUAAUGGAGUGGCCCAGUCAGAGCCCAGAUCUCAAUCCUGACUUGAAGGGAGCCAUACACAGAAGACAAGCAAAGAAUAUGGAAGAGUUAAGACAGUUGUGCAGAGAAGAAUGGGCACAAAUUCCCCAAACCCCCCCCCCCCCCCCAGCAUGAUGUGCAGGUCUGAUUUGCAGUUACGGGACGCGCCUGGGUGAGGUCAUUGCUGCCAAAGGAGGGUCAACCAGUUAUGAAAUCCCAAGCUUCACUUACUUUUUCCACUACCACUGUGAACGUUGAAUGCGUUUGUAAAAUAAAGACAUAAAAGAGUAGAAUUUUCUGUGUGUCAUUGGCUUAAACUCAUUGUGUACAUCAGGGCCUGUGACAGAAGAAGAUCAGGUCACUUUUUAUGACCAAUUUAUGCAGUAAACCAGAUCAUUCCAAAGGGUUUAGACAUUAAUGGCUGUGUGUUGAGUUAUUUUGAAGGGACAACAAAUUUACACUGUUGUACAAGCUUUACACGGACUACUUUACAUUGUAUCAAAGUGUCAUAUCUUCAGUGUUGUCCCAUGAAAAGAUAGAAUAAAAUAUUUACAAAAAUGUG